GAAAAUAACUCUCUGGGACCACCUUCCAUUGGUCUGUGUCCUGACGCUCUCCCCCCUCACUGCCAUUUGAGAAUUUCUUCUCAGUAACUAACUCAACUUGCAGGGCUUCAUGUAGCAUGUGCGUACUGCUGAAUUUGUUUUCAACCUACGGAUCUUUGCUAGAGCUGAAGACGUGGAUUGUCGGUACUGUACUGGAAAGUGGGCAUUUCUUUUUGGAAACUUAUCUUCUGACAGAUUAAGACUGAAAACGUGGGUGUCUAUACCAGUGUUACAAGGAUCGAGGUGGACUUAAACUUUUCUGCCAUGGAUCACACCAUCUUCAGCUGCCUGCGCAGUCCCCAUGUUCCUGCGCAAAGCUUAAACCCGUUUUCACAGUCGUCCUUGUCAAUUCACGGGAGGCCUGACCAUAUAUCUUACCCUGAUCUUGCUACGUCUACUCCGUCGUGCAUAAUUGCUGGAUAUCCCAAUGAAGAGAGCAUGUUUGGCAAUCAGCAUCACAGAGGACAUCACCAUCAUCAUCACCACCACCACCAUCAUCACCAACAACAUCAGGCUCUUCAGUCCAACUGGCACAUUCCUCAGAUGUCCUCACCUCCUGUAGCCACUAGGCACAGCCUUUGCCUGCACCCAGAACCUGGCACCCCAGACUUAGUAAACAGCCCUUCAGCUUUGUGUACAAAUUCCCCUAGCUUGGGUAAUAAUACCCCGAGUGGAGCAACAUGCGUUCCUGGGGAUUAUGUCAGGCAAGCCCUAUCUCCUGUAGAAACAGACAAGAGAAACGGGAAAAGGAAAAAUGGCAGUACAGAUUCUCAGGAUGGGAACUACAAGACAGAAGUAAACAGCAAGCCUAGAAAAGAGAGGACAGCUUUCACCAAAGAGCAAAUUCGAGAACUAGAGGCAGAAUUUGCUCAUCACAACUACCUUACCAGGCUGAGGAGAUAUGAAAUAGCAGUAAAUCUGGACCUCACAGAAAGACAGGUUAAAGUCUGGUUUCAAAACCGACGAAUGAAGUGGAAGAGAGUGAAAGGGGGUCAGCAAGGAGCUGCUGCCCGAGAAAAGGAACUGGUAAAUGUGAAAAAGGGAACACUGCUACCUUCAGAGCUUUCCGGAUUAACAACAGCAGGAAUUCACCACUCCUCUGAUUCUCUGUUAAAUGAAGACAGCCAUGACAGUGAACACAGCUCAGAUCACACUCACCUAUAACAUCACAAGACAUCUGGUAGUCUGUUCUCAGGAAAAAAAAAGGAUUAUGAAGGCAACUCCCAUGAAGCUUGCUGAAGCAAAUACAAAAUCAGGCGUGUUUGUUUUCUAAAGCAAGCUCACUGCUUCUGCUUUCCUGAUUCACUUUUCAAAACUUAAAAAAAAAACUGACAAAACUUAAACAUGCCUCAGUUUUCAUGAAUCUGGGAGAAUAAAAAGCCUCUGAACAUUCCAUGCUUUGUUUUAGUGCUAUAAUGACUGGCUCUUUUUAUUUUUUUUUUGCUUUUGCUUGCACUGAAUGUUGAAAUGCAAUUAGUAGGAUAUAGGAUAAUGUCAAACUGCUAUUCAAAGACAGUGAAUAAGCAACCAGGAAAAUAUAUUGAUUUCUAUCCGCACUGUAAAUAGCUCUUUCAGCACCUUUUUUUCUUAUUUCAACUAUUGAAAGAGCAGCAAAGCAUUUAUUUAGCAACAAAGUGGGUUUACAUCUGAUUUCAUUUUUACCAAGUCUUUUAAACUAGUACCUGCCAUUUGCUUUCAAAACAGAAUAACAUGACCAUUUAAUAAAACACCCAGGAAUGGCUGCUCUGCAGAAAAAACAACUUUGUAUGUUUUUGGUUUGCUAUACAUUUGCUGCUGUCAGAGUAUUUUAUUUGUUCGUACAACCAUCAUCAAUCCAAUGAUUAUUCUCAAAGAGUAAUGAAGUCCAGUUACUGAAUUUCUCUUUAGAUGAAAUUACCCUGUAACAAACAAAUGCUGUUAUGUAUACAUAUCAAAAGCACUGAAAGUAUCAAAAAGCAACCAUUCUUUUAUUAAAUCUGUAACACAGACUCUAAGAUGAACCCCUUUGAUGUGGAUGUUUGUGUUUACAGGAAGAGCACUUGCUAAAUUAUUAGAAAGUAUUGUUCAGAGUUUUAUGCACACUGAUAUACAGUGUCGUAUCCAGCGCCAAUUAUUAAAAGAAAAAUAAACCAAAUGUAAGCAACACUGAAGAAUGUAAUUAUGAACAGGAUUUUAUGUGCUUUGUAUAAAUUGUUUAAUAAAACUAUACUUUGAACAUUC